AUGUUUACAUUUUCAAAACUUAACUUUAAAACAAUCGCUUUACUUUCUAUACUUUCAACUGCUUUAACUUAUCCUUUGUUGAAAAGAGAUACCAUUAAAUUAGGUAACACUGGUUGGUAUUUCGAUUUAACCGCAACUGACAUAUCUAAUUGGGCAGGUUCUGUUCAAACUCUUUGCACCAAUGCAGACCCAUUGGUCUGUCUAGGUGAAUCUGUUGUUGCUACUGUACUAACUGGUAUCUCAGCAAUUGGAAAAGGUACACCACCAGUUGACGUUACACCAACUGUUACUACCGUCACCAUUAAUGCUGCUGCAACUGCCACUGUUGCUGUUGAUAAUACUGAUAAUGGCCCAGUUGUUAAUGGAAUUAUUUCCGAUGGUAUUAAUGUUGUCACUGAUGUGGCUAGCAUUCUAAAUGACGCUGGUAUUACUUUGUUAGGGUUAUAUAAUCCAACUGCUGCUGACUUAGUUACGAGUGUUGAAAGCUUAGUUGGUGGUAUCAUUCACUUUGAGACUAACGUUGGUACCCAUAUUGCUGCGCAAAUUGGUUCAACAAAUUUUACUAAAUUAGCAGCGGAAAUCUCUAGUAUUACACCAGGUAUUCCUGUAUUUAAAGAAGCUGAAGAUGGUGUCAAAAACGUUGUCAAUUGGAUCUCAUAUGUUGUGAAGGAAGGUGAGACUGAUAUUGGUACAAUUAUUAAUGAAUUGGAAAAUUUCGAUGUCACUAAACUUGUCUCACAAGUAUCAAGUUUUAUUAAGGGGGUUGAAGACUAUAAAUUCUGUCUAUCACCAAGUGUUAUAGCUAAUGGUACAUACGGUCCUACUACCCACCUAUUUGGUGAGGUUUACUUUAAUUCAUAUGGUAUGUUAGAACUUGAAUGUCAAUAA